CCGUUUGCAGCACUGCGCUCCGCUGUUAUGUUGGCGCCCGCAUUGUCUUCCGUUUGCUGCCGUCGUCGUCGACUGUUUCAUGGCUGACGUGUUCCGCAGGCUGCCGCUGCUGAUCCUCAUUGUCCUGUUGCUGCUCCUCGUGGUUCUCUUCCGCGUGUGCAUCCUUGGGAACGUGCCGCCGCAUCGACGCAAAAGAAGGUCUUCGAUGAAGGACGCCAGGAUGGAGGCACGGCAGGCGAUCCCCCGGUCCAGUGGGGAGCAGGUCGGAGGGAGGCGGUCUGGGGGGAGCCUGUCGACCGUUGGCAGGGCCUCCCAGCGGGUUGGGUAUGAUGCAUUGCCACCACACUUGCAACCACUCGCCGACUCGUCGGACGAGGAGGAGGAGGUGGAGAGACGGCCACAAACCGUGUCGUUGGGCAGCGGAUCAACGCAGGAGUGGACGGCCACGGAGCUGUGCGGGACGGGCGGCGGCGUGUACGAGCAGUCGUUCACUGAACUCCUUCGGCCUGGCCUUGGCGAAGACGAAGGAGAUGGCCGCGUCAACCUGUCGUUUGGUUUGUCCACCGGGCGGUCUACAACUCCAUCGCGCACAGUGCUCGUGCGACCCCACCCCGGCGCCGAAGGCGGGCAAUUGACAGUUGUUGAUCGAUCAGCGAGGACAAGGGCAUUGGCGAGUGAGACGGCGGGAGCGAACCGGAACUCGUCGACGCCCCAACCACAGGCGGCCUCUCUGUCCAAGGGCGCCCAGGGUCGGCCGGAGUGGAUGCAGUUGCCAUCUCCCCUGUCUCCGGCGUCGGAAGUGGCACGAGGCCGUGGCGUCGGAGUCGACGGCGGGACCAACUUCUUGGAUGUUGGUAAUGGUCUCGACGGGAGGGAGGUGUGGAGGGACCUGCGGCGGGAUCACCGGCUGCGGCAAGAGGAAUACAUCACACGGGGGGUGGAGCAUCUUCACGUGGGAGACCGGGAGAAUGAGAACGAGACGGACAAUCCACCGGCGGAAGUAGACGACGACGACGACGAUGACGACGACGACGACAACGACGUAGAGUGUGGGGAAGGGGGGGGUGGUCACGCGUCGCCAUCGUUGCAGAGCGACAUGGCUGCUAAGGGUGGGAAGUCCAAGCCUUCCGUCCGCAAUGCUCGUCCGCGGGUGAAAAAAGGGCAGGGAAAGGGGAGCGGUGGCGAAGGCGACGGUGAUGCGGAGGAGAAGCGCAACUUCUGGUCCGUGGAACACAUUAUAGCCCUCAUAAGGGCUAAACGUGACCAAGAUGCGCAUAUGCAGGGGAUGGGCCACACAUACGCACGGAUGAAACCGCGGGAAUGGAAAUGGCAAGACGUCGCCCAAAGGUUGAAGAACGUCGGCGUGAACAGGAAUGCGGAGAAAUGUGGGAAGAAGUGGGACAAUCUAAUGCAGCAGUUCAAGAAAGAACGUGGCAGACACCGGGCGAGAAAACGACGAGGAGGGGUCGACGCGAGGCUCUUCGCAGACGACGGGCACCCCCUGCGGUUCUGGGAAAAGGAAGAGCACGAGGCAGCAGAUUUUCGAGGAGCUGACGAAAUGCAUGGAGAAACACGGGGAGCUAAUGGCGUCGACGAUGGAGAGUGCAAGCAAGCGGCAAUGCUCUAUCUAGGUCCGGCAGUGCGAGGCGUUGGAAGCGGAGAUGGAAGUGCAAAGGAAGCACUAUGCCACGUCAGACGAAGUCAGCAAACUCAUGUGCCACGCGUUGUUGGAAAUAGCGAAGGCCAUUCAGCUGGACGGGGGAAGGCUGCCUUGAAGCAGAUCGUGGAAGGCGCGACCCCCGUGAAGAAGGGACGACAUCAAGCGAAGAGGCAGAGGAAGGUCGUCCAAGCCGUGCCCGCUGGCAGUGCGCGAGACGUUGUGGAAGAGGCUGUGGUGGAGGAAGAGAUGACGAAUGAUGACGACGACUUUGAAGACGAUGACGAUGAACCACUGCAGAGGAAGGCGAGGGUCAGCUCCCGGGGGGGGGUUAGAAUAAACGAGGGGGGGGAAGGGACACCGACCGCACGGCGCGGCGGUGGCGUUGCCGCGGCCAACCAACCAGUCUUUGUCGACGUGGCACGCGACGUGGUGCGAGACGUGGCAAGGAGGGACGUCGGUGGCUGCGCGAAGGAAGGGGCCGCCUCGCAUGAGACUGCGCAACGCGUGCUUGCGCCAUUGAAUCGCCCCCGGACCCCGGCUGCAGACGUGGCGGGGAGUUCCCAAGCAGCGGUUGAAGGUGGGACGUUGAGAUCUCCCGCGGUGGCGGCGCGUGGCGGCGCUGUGGUGGUCCCGGGAGAGGCGGUUGAAGUCCCGAAGGGAGGAGAUGGCGCGGCGACCAGGGAAGACGACGAGGCUCUGGUGCACAGGCUGCGCGGGCAACGAGCGGCGACACAUGCGAUGGAUGCCGCCGCCAAACUUUGGGAGGAUGACAACAGAUUCUGGAACGACACGCAAGGGAGCGCCAUAGUGAGGAUAAUCCAAGAAGCGCGCGCGUAUCUCGUAGCCCUGGCGCGGGGAGUGCAGCCUCCGGCUAUUCGACGGAGCAUCUCCCUUCCACACAACUCCAUCCCCCAACACAAAAUUGAGGACGAGUCGGAGCUCAACGCGGCGAAAGAGAGGGCGUUGAAAGUGCAGACAAUCUCCCUCAGGGCGAUCCACGUUGGCACGGCAGAAGCUAUGGACGGCGGUCGAGUGUCGUACGAGCGUCUGAAGGGGAUGGCAGAGGCGAUGAGGUAUUUGCUCGCCGCCACGAUGUGGAUUAUGCGAAUGGCGGGGGACGAUCCGAGAUCACAUUAUGACGCUUGGGUUUUCGUUCAACUGACGGCGAAGACGACGCUGCUGGCGUCCAUGAACCGGCAGUUCGACGCCCGCCGACACAUCACGCAAUCCGCGCAGGUCAUGACAGACAAGUUGGGGAGACCGCCUCCGACCUUCGCCCCCCCACCUGCGUACAUCCCCGAUUGGGCGUCUAAGUGCGGGGUCACUUUCUCGCACGACGCCACGUUGGCCUCCCCGAUGGAGGCGAAACGGUUGGAUUGGCUGGGGACAGGUCCCCCUGAGGACGACGACGACGACGCCGAAGGCGAUGACAAAGGCGAGGGGGGGUGAUGCGUAGACGACGGUGAUGGCGAAGGCGAGGAGGGGAUGAUGCGCAGGCCCUGUUGAGAUGGCAGGUACAAGAG